AUGUGCUAAAAUUGGCUAAAACAUGUGCCAUGCAAAUGUGUGAGUUUGACUCUUCCAGCACCCUGAAAGAAGACACAAACACAGAAUAAUUUAGAUGUAGUCUUCCUUUCUGAAUCUGUGUCAGCAUUCUAGGAAAUGUAAUGCUUUUAGAGGAAAAAAUUUGAAAGUCUUUGAUACUUUUUAAACAUGUAACUGGACAACAGUUUGAACCUGUGAACUUCUGACUGGUGCUGCUUUUAUCUGUAAAGGAGAAAACUGUGAACUACAGUGAUUCACCAUUAAAAAUGACAAUCAAUUGCUUUUCAGUUCUGUAUUGUUUUUAGACUUUACCUUAAUUAUUUUUUUAUAUCUUGUUCAUUACAUGAGUUAGCCAAAGCCCUGUCAGUGAUUUUGUCACGUAGGUGUAGUAGUCACUAAAGGUUUGAAGGUUUUGUAAACAGUAUCCAAAUAUAGCUCUUUAAACAUAUUUUCAUUCCAAAGGUCUGGUGGGGAAAGAAAAAAACAUCUAGCUCUCAGCUUGUACUAGCCUGAUGAGUUGGAGUACAUGACAGACAGACUAGUUCAGCAUGCUUUUAUUUUGAUACUUGUUGAGGUUGCUCGUUACAUCUGAACAUAUUUUGUAAGUUUUUUUGCCCACUUGGACAUGAAGGCUUUCCAGGUCCUGUGUGUUGUUCUCCUGACUGUUGCGGCAGCUGACAGUCAGUCUUUCCACCCUGGCAAAUGCCCUCAGCCGUCUGUUCAAGACGACUUCAACGUUACAAGGUAUCUGGGCACCUGGUAUGAAAUAGAGAAGCUCCCAGCUGUAUUUGAAAGAGGAAAAUGUAUUCAAGCUACUUACAGUCUUCUUGCUGAUGGGACGGUCAAAGUACGCAAUGCAGAGCUGCUGUCUAAUGGCAAAAUAAAUUCUAUUGAAGGUGUCGCCAAAGUUUUAAACUCAUCUCAACCUGCUAUUCUAGGUGUCAGCUUCUUUAAAGGUGUUCCAGAUAGUCCAUACGUGGUACUCUCCACUGACUACGAGUCAUAUUCUCUGGUCUACUCGUGUGCUGACUACUUUGGCCUUUUCCAUGUGGACUUCGCCUGGAUCCUGGCUCGCACUCGGACAUUGACUGAGGAUGUCAUAAGCCGGUUACAUGAUGACCUAUCUGCUGGUGUUAACAUCAAGCGCCUCACAGUCACUGAUCAGACUGGAUGUCACCAGAUCUGAGGUAUGACCAACCAAAUGAAAAGGGGCUGAAUACUUCUUUUGAACCAUGUUGAAGUAAACUAAUGUAGUUAGGCUAUGUAUGUGAUUGCUUUAUCUGUGCCAAAAACCAAAAAACUAGAUGUAAACUGUAAUGCAGGGGUCAUCUAGCUGAAGGUGAUUCUACAGCACAGACAUAUUAUCCAGCAUCAAAUCUAACUAUCUCAUGACACACAUUUCUGGAUAAAUGGUGCAGGAAAAAAGAGAGUGGAUGGUCUCCUCUCAUACUUUAGGGGUCUCACCAGGGACACAUAUUUACGUGAAAAGUCAUGAAGAAGUGCUUUUUGCAUAAUUUGUCCCAUAGACAGUGGUGAAAGAAAUAUUCAGAUCCCUUACUGAAGUGAAAGUACUAAUACCACAAUGUGAAAUUACUCCACUACAAGUAAAAGUCCUGUGUUCAAAACUUACUGAAGUAAAAGUACAAAAAUAUCAGCUUCAAAAUGUACUCAAAGCAUCAAAAGUAAAAGUAUUCACACUCGCUAUGCAGAAUGAACCCACUCAGAUUGUCCAAAUAUAUUAUUGUAUUAUUAUUUUUGAUGCAUUUAUGUAAGCUUUAAUUUACUGUUGUCAAGGUAGGGCUAAUUUUUAACUACUUAAUAUACUUUUUUGUGGUUUGAUUAAUACAAAUUUGAAAUGUAUCAUUUUUAUGUAUCAUUUUUUAAGUAUCGUUUUUAUGUUAAAUGUCAACCUGAAAAGUAGCUAAAGCUGUCAGCUAAAUGUAGUAAAAAAUGCAAUAUUCACCUCAAAAUGUGAUGAAGUAUAAAGUUACAUAAAAUGGAAAUACUCAAGUAAAGUACAAGCACAUCAAACUUGUACUUAAGUACAGUACUUGAGUAAAUAUACUUAGUUACUUUCCACCACUGCCCAUAGAGCCUAUUAAAUGUCUUCAAAGUGGCAUGACAGAAAUUAAGUAUUGCUCCUCCAUGAAGGUGGUGCAGAAACUGAAGCAGCAGAAGAGGAUACAUACUGACUUUUAGUCUCUUGUGUGGGUAAAGCUCCAAAACCCAAGAACAAUAUUAAAUCAUGUUCAAACUUCACAUACCCAGUUUAUAGUGCAGCCUUUUUGUUAGUGAAGGGACAACGAAGCUUCGUGAACCAUUUGCUUUAUUUACGGAGCCCACUAAAUGGCGCUAUUUGUUCAACAAAGGGCUGAAAACACACUCAAUUACCAUUGAUAAAGCCUUUUUUUUUAAAGCCAAGACCGCCAUCUAGUGGGGUCAAAAA